ACACACAGGAGAGUGAUCACAGAUCUCUAUAUCUCCGAGACUUACACACAGUGCCCUCAGGGGCUACCUAGCCUCAUCUACCUGCUGCAGCUUUCAUUUGCAGAGUGAAAGAACAUAGAAGACGAAGUCACCAUGAAUGUUACCAGACAGACCCUUAAGGCCCUGGAGCAGCGUACCAAGCUCCUGCAGCAGCAACAAAAGACUUUCAUUAAUGAAUUGGAGCGGACACGGGAAAGUGCCCAUGACAGAAUCAGACCCGUGAGGACCCUGGCACAGGUACGCAACUACUUAGACAAUCAUUGCAACAACAGUACAGAUCAGCGUAUCCUCACUCUGUUUUUGGAUGUCUGUGCGGAUCUGGCCGAGUUCUGUAUCCAGCUGGAAUUUAUGCAGAGGGACACACAAUCAGCAAAGGAGAUCAUAGAGCAAACCAUUACUCUUCUCAAUCCAACCAAUGACCUGUCUGGUCUGAGAGUCAAGUAUCCCCACGAUGUUUUGAAUCACCUCAGCUGUGACGAAGCGCGUAACUUUUAUGGUGGUGUCGUGAGCAUCGUUCCCAUCAUCCUGGAUAACAUCCGUGAGGCUGUGUUGAGGCUGGAGAAAGCCCAGCCACUUGCGGAGGACUCCGAAACCAUGGACAGGCUUGUGGCUAUUCAGAAGAACAGGCAGAAGCAACGCAAGGCAGAAAAUCAAGGUGCGAUACAAAACGCAGGGGUUCAGACCACUCUCAGUCAGGGAAAUGCCUCUGCCCUCUCAGUAAAAAGAAGGAAAGGCUAUCCACAGUCCUUCAAACCAGCCUGGAGGCCCUCUGGCCGCUACUAUACCACCUAAACUGGUUAAGUGGGCCUGUUCAUAUUGCUUUGGAU